AUGGACCGAACGACGGCCUCAGGGCCGGAUCUCUACCUGAUUGCCGAUCAGGAUACUGUCUACGAACAGGAUCUCCUUCGCAGUCCCGGUAGCAUCAAGCCAUGGCUUGCCUAUAUCGAAUAUAAACAGCAACAUGGCACGCUCUACGAGCAAGCCUUUGUCAUGGAGCGGGCGUGCAGAGAAUUGCCGAGAUCUUACAAGCUAUGGAAGAUGUACCUCGAAUUUCGAACACACCACCUAAAGGGCCGCAACGCGACUGUUUAUCGGGCCGAAUACCAGAAAGUCAACGCGCUCUUCGAGCGUGCUCUCAUCCUGCUCAAUAAGAUGCCGCGGAUAUGGGAAAUGUACCUCUCCUUCCUGCUCCAGCAGCCUCUUGUCACGCAAACUCGACGGACGUUCGAUCGUGCGCUGCGAGCUCUGCCAAUCACACAACACAAUCGGAUUUGGAAGCUCUACAAGAUUUUCGCGCGUUCCGCGUCAGGCCAGACAGCUGUGAAGAUCUGGGCUCGGUACAUGCAGAUUCACCCUGAGAAUGCCGAGGAGUACAUUCAAUUGCUCGUCGAUAUGGGCCAAUACACGGAGGCCGUGAAGCGGUACAUGGAGAUCCUCGACAACCCCCGUUUCCAGUCCAAGGAAGGAAAGAGUAACUUUCAGCUGUGGACCGAGAUGGUUGACUUGUUGGUAUCAAAGGCGAAGCAGAUCGAGACUGGCCCUCAGGUAGGAAUUGAUGUCGACGCCAUUUUGCGCAGCGGCAUUGAUCGGUUUGCCGACCAGAGGGGCAAGCUGUGGGCUGGCUUGGCCACGUACUGGAUCACCAGAGGCAAUUUCGAAAAAGCUAGAGAUGUCUUUGAGGAAGGUAUCACGACGGUCAUGACAGUCAGAGACUUUACCCUGAUCUUUGAUUCUUAUGUCGAAUUCGAGGAGUCUAUUAUCGGAAGCUUGAUGGAGUCAGCAGCAACCCGAACUGACAAGGGACAAAGUGACGAGGAAGCCGACUUCGACCUUGAUCUGCGGAUGAUGCGAUUUGAGCAACUGAUGGACCGACGACCGUUCCUUGUUAACGAUGUGCUGCUCAGGCAGAACCCCAACAAUGUCAUCGAGUGGGAGAAGAGAGUGGCCCUCUGGGGAGACAACAAACACGAAGUCGUGCAAACAUACACAGCAGCUAUUGCAGCUAUCAACCCCAAGAAGGCCCAUGGCAAAUUCUCCGAACUUUGGGUCAACUAUGCCAAAUUCUACGAGAAUGGAGGCGACCUGGACACAGCUAGAGUCAUCUUUGAGAAGGCUGUCAAGGUUCCUUUCAAAUCAGUGGCUGAACUGGCCGAGACAUGGUGCGAGUGGGCGGAAAUGGAACUCCGGAGCGAGAACUUCGACAAGGCCGUGGAGAUCAUGGCGAAGGCAACGCAAGCACCGAAGAAAUCGACUGUUGACUAUUUCGACGAGAACCUGUCACCUCAGCAACGUGUGCACAAGAGCUGGAAGUUGUGGAGUUUCUAUGUCGAUCUGGUCGAAAGUGUGUCUUCCCUGGAGGAGACCAAGAAGGUGUACGAAAGGAUUUUCGAACUGCGCAUUGCUACCCCUCAAACCGUCGUCAACUACGCCAAUCUCCUGGAAGAGAACAAAUACUUCGAAGAUUCCUUCAAGGUCUACGAGCGUGGAUUGGAUCUCUUCAGUUACCCUGUUGCAUUCGAGCUGUGGAAUCUCUACCUGACCAAGGCCGUUGACCGGAAGAUUGGAAUUGAGCGACUCCGCGACCUGUUCGAACAGGCCUUGGACGGAUGUCCUCCCAAAUUUGCCAAACCUCUCUACUUGAUGUACGGCAACCUGGAAGAGGAGCGCGGUCUGGCCAGACAUGCCAUGAGAAUUUACGAGCGUGCUACCCGCGCCGUCUCAGACGAGGACAGAUUCGAGAUGUUCGAGUUCUACAUCACGAAGUCGGCUUCAAACUUCGGAUUAACUUCCACGAGACCCAUCUACGAACGGGCCAUUGCAGCCUUGCCCGACCAAGAAGCGAAGGAAAUGUGCCUCAAGUUUGCAGAAAUGGAGCGGAGACUCGGAGAAAUCGACCGGGCCCGUGCGAUCUAUGGACACGCGUCUCAGUUCUGCGAUCCCCGUACCAAUGCGCCCUUCUGGCAGAAAUGGGAGGCAUUCGAAGUCCAGCAUGGAAACGAGGACACCUUUAAGGAGAUGCUUCGUAUCAAGCGCAGUGUUCAAGCACAGUACAACACCGAUGUCAACUUCAUCGCUUCCCAGGCGAUUGCCCGCAGUCAACAGCGGACCCAAGACGGCGGCAAAGAAAACGAGCAAGAUGGCGAGGAUGCGGCGGCGGAGCGUGCAGACGCAAUGGCAGCAUUGGAGCGACAGGCUCGUGCCCCCGUGGGCUUUGUCGCCGCCAGCACCGGACCAGAAGGUGGCAAUCGGUCACCUCCAGCUGGCCAGGAACAGCAGCCUUCGGCUGCUCCAGUCAACCCGGAUGCGAUAGACCUCGAUGACGACAUGGAUGCUGACUAG